AUGUCGGCAGAACAGACUGCCUUCCAGGUCUUCACUUCUAUUGCCAUCGUUCUCAUACUCCUCCCUGCACCAUGGCACUGGAGUGCUCGCAACUGUGGAACGUUGCUCUAUAUUGGCUGGACGUUCCUCGCUUGUGUGAUCUACCUCGUUAAUUCGAUCAUCUGGAAUGAAUCUGUAGUGGACGUGGCGCCAGUUUGGUGUGAUAUUACUACCAAGUUCACCAUGGGACUUGGCGUUGCCUUUCCUGCCGUUUCGCUUGCGAUAAAUAGGCGGUUGUACAACAUUGCGACGAUGAAGCAUGUUGUAACGUCAUACAAAGAGAAAAGGAAACAAACACUCAUCGAUCUCGGCAUCGGUCUGGGGAUCCCUUGUCUUGUAAUGGCCUUCCAUUAUAUUGUACAGGGGCACCGAUUUGACAUCGUUGAAGAUAUUGGUUGCGUCCCGACAACAUACAUGACUCCCCCGGCCGUCUUCCUUCUUAGCAUCUGGCCUCCGACUUUAGGUCUAAUAUCCUUCGUUUAUGCCUCGCUGUCCAUUCGCGCAUUCCUCAAACAACGCCGAAAUUUCAGUGCCAACGUCGCCUAUACGUCGUCGAUGAACGCCUCCCGUUACCUCCGUCUCAUCGCCCUCGCCAUGACCGACAUUAUAUUUGAUGUGCCCCUCUCAAUUUAUGUCACCUAUUGCAACACCUACCAAGGUCUAGCACCUUGGAUUUCCUGGGCCGACACACACUCGGACUUCAAUCGAGUAGAUCAAUAUCCCAAGGUUAUCCUACAGUCUACUAGCCGUCAGGCGUGGAAUGUGCUUGAGAUGGGUCGAUGGGCCGCCCCAGCUGCCGCGUGGUUAUUCUUCCUUUACUUUGGGCUGGCAGGAGAGUCCUUAGCUGCUUAUCGGAGGAGUAUCGCAUGGAUAGUCAAGAAGUUACCUGUGCCUGAGAACUGGAAACAUUAUAUUAUGCCCGGGUCCAGGAUCCACAUCGGCAGCUCUCAGAAGGAGGGAUUUUCUGCAAGUGGGAAAGGACCGUCAAAGCCUAUUGGAGCCUUACCGCUUUAUAGCAAGACUUCAUCCAUGGCUACGUCUCCUACACUCACUAAGACACCACCUUUCAAAUCCUCCUCCUUGCCCUCCCCGCCUCUGCCUCACGUCAUCAAAAUUACCCGGUCUAGAGAGGUCGUUCUUGAUGACAUGGGUGGGGAGGAACAAAAGUACAGUAUGCGCCAAGUGGAUGUCAAGCUUACUUCGUCAUGCAUUACUUAUUCCCCUGAGGAAAUCUGUGACAGUUAUGCGACGCUUCAGGGUACAGGGAUCGCCAUUCCUUCUCCUGGCGUGACGAUCGAUGCUCCGCGUUCGGAGUUGGGGAGUGGAGAGGGGAGGGGUAUCAGUCCCUCGAGAUUUGCUCAACAACAACAAAUCGGGACGCAGCGCGUUCCUAUGGACGUUGAAGCUCAACAUCCUUCCGACGCCGAUGAAUAUGUCGUUGGUAUAGAAGAUAGUUCGGACUGGGAAGAUGAUCGUGGAAGCAUGACGGAGGUGGAAUGUCAUUAUCGUCAGGGGGAUGAAGAGAGCGUUCAUACGCUUGCCCAUAUCAUCGCUGAUUCGCCUCUCCCCCUUCCACCAUCUUAUACUCCCUCACCAUUCCACCGCUCCAAUACCGACAGUUAUGAUGACGACGACGUCCUGGCACCCCCGCCACCCUCAAUCUCAUUUCCCGUUGUCUUUCCGCCUUCCCCUUUCCCUCUUUUGAACACUAACUCCAACAACACCAACUUCAAUACAACCACACACAGUCGAUUGGACGAUCAAUCGACCCCACUCCCAUCUCCUCUACCGCCCGUCUUACUCUUCCCUCAUCCACCCUUAAGUUCAAGGGAACAUAAUGGGAGCGAGGAGACGAGGAGACAUUCUAGUCCACCUGCAUUUUGGUCUACUUUUAGGUUCUCAAGGGGUAGUUUUGGAAGGAGACAGCGAUGA